GCCCCGGAAGCAGAGCGCUCAGUCCGCACACGCCCCGCCCACUUUCGAUUCCCUGGGCGGAAGUCCCGACGUGCUGGUUCGACGACUUCCGGCCGCGGCUAGGGGGCAGGAACGUGGCAGGCGCGUGCGCGGGAGCGCCUCCUCGUGGAGAGGCGGAAGAAGCUAGGUCGAGCUUGCACUGGGACCCUAACUGGCCCCUGGGGGCUAAAAACAGCCUGGGGCAUUGCUGCUUCCCGAGUGCUCUGAUGCAGUCCCGAGACCUGUCUGUGAGGACACCAUACAGAGCCUUCAUUCAUUCAUUCAUUGACAAUGAAUGUGGGGUGCCCCUCUGUAACCAGACCUGGAUCAAGACGCCUGCCUCCCCAGACUCAGCCACUGCCCACUUCAGCUUCUGCCGGACCCUCCUGGAGCACACGGUGUCAGCUGAGAGCAUCCCCUGCCACUUGCCUCGGACACCUGGCACCAGCCUCACGUGGCAUGACUCCCGCAGCCAGAGGGCGGCCAGCAGCAGGCCAAUCAAGCUCCUGCAGCAGCCCGGCACAGACACCCCCCAGGGCCGGCUGUACUCUGACCACUAUGGCCUGUACCAUACAAGCCCCUCACUGGGUGGCCUGACCCGGCCCGUGGUCCUGUGGAGUCAGCAGGACGUCUGCAAGUGGCUCAAGAAGCACUGUCCCCACAACUACCUCGUCUACGUGGAGGCCUUCUCCCAGCAUGCCAUCACCGGCCGGGCACUGCUGCGGCUGAAUGCGGAGAAGCUGCAGCGGAUGGGGCUGGCCCAGGAGGCCCAGAGGCAGGAGGUGCUGCAGCAGGUGCUCCGCCUGCAGGUGCGUGAGGAGGGGCGGAGCCUGCAGCUGCUCAGCCAAGCUUCCUUCGGGAAAAUGUCCUAGCUGCUGUUGAGGCUUGAACCCAGACCCCAGCACUGUGAUGGGAGUCCACGGCUAGGGAGGAGGCCAAGCUGGCCCCGCAGCGCCUCUUGGACCCUGCGGGAUGCCGGGGCGGCCAGGCUGGCCCAACGGACAGACAGGACCAGGAUCACACCUCCAGGCGCCUCUGGUUGGACAUUCCAGGUCGUGCCCUGGGGCUGGGUGGGUAGGGGGCUGCUUGAGUGUGGCCCCACCUCCUGGGACCUGAGCCCAAGCCCUCCCCUGGUGUAGCUGGCAGCAUGUGGGGCAGCUGCCUGGAGCCAGAACCGGUUUGGAUGUCCCCCCUAGACUCCCAGGGAGUCUGUUUAUUUACAUUUCCCUCUCCACGUGAUGUCGGUCCCCCAUCGCCUGCUGAGUCACUUGUCUGUCCACCCACCCAGCCCAGUUCUAGGUCGUUCCCCAGCACCUCCAGGUUGGCCCACACAGGUACCAUAAGCUGCCUCGGCUCCCUGUGGCUUGUGCCCAUGCACCUGCCAGGGCCCAGCAGGCCAACCCAUCAUCUAGAGUAGUGGCCAUCAGCACCCGCCUAACGGGCACCAUGCCAAGCACUUUCAUCAUCAUUUAUACAUCGUCACCACACCCCCGCUAUUCAUGAGAAGUAAAGCUGAGAAAGGACCAGAUUGACCAAGCGCCAGAGACAAAAUGUGGCACAACAAGGACCCCAGCCCUGUCCAGGUGGCUCCGCACCCAGGGCCCAGGCUUAGCAGUGCUCCCUGCCCUAUCUUUGGGAAAAUCUUGCUUUUUUGGUCUUCCCCCCUCUCGCCCUCAAGAACAAGGGCCUUGUGCGUGGGCCUUCCCAUUGCUGCUUUCCCAAGGAGGCCUGGAUUCAGGGGAGAGGCCUUCCCAGGGCCACUCCCCUUACACCCUCCCAGAGGCCUGAGCAACCCCUCUCUGGGUGGUUUGGGGCUGGUGCUGCCUGGCGGAAGGACAGUGAGGGCGGCCCUGGCCGCCUCCACCCUCUUGCGCCUCUGCCCUCUCCCAGUCCCCUUGUGGCUUCUGAAAAUCUCAGGGACAGAUGAGGCUGAGCCCCCAGUCCCCUCUGUGUGCUUUGAGCCUCCAGACUCGAGGCUGGUCACUGCAGGUCCCAGGUGGAAUUUGGACAACUGGCCUGGCCGCUCCCAUCCUGUAAGCCCCCACCACGGGGAGACCCUCAUCCCUGCCCCCGUGUGGCUGCGCAAGUAUUCUGCCCGCCUCCCACCAUCAGCCUUCGCCCAAGGGGCCCUUCUGCCUCUGCUUCCCUCCCUUCUCCUCUGUCUUGCCCUGGCCCACGCACGCCUGUCUCGUCUUCCUUGUUUUGCGCUCACUUUUUUAUACUCUGACAAAAAAAAAAAAAAAAAUCAGAAAUAAAGCUGGUUCCCAAGUGCUGGC